CUGGUAGAACUCAGUGUUUGUGAUGUUUCCGUUUCCUUGGUUAGGGGAGCUAGAGGCUGUGGGGUAACCAACUGGUAACAUCAGCUUCUGUCUUACUGGGUACAUCAGCGGUCCCUGCCUGGACAGAGGAUUGCAGCCCGCCCUCUAGACCUCUCUGGACGUAUCUUCCCAGCAUCCUCUAGCAAAGAUGCGUCAGCUCAAGGGGAAGCCAAAGAAGGAGACGUCCAAGGACAAGAAGGAGCGCAAGCAGGCCAUGCAGGAGGCCCGGCAGCAGAUCACCACAGUGGUGCUGCCCACCGUGGCUGUGGUGGUGCUCCUGAUCGUAGUGUUUGUGUACGUGGCCACGCGCCCGGCCGUCACCGAGUGAGCGCUCCGUUCCGGCUCUCCUCAAGAGAUGUCUACAGUGCCGAGCUCCAAGCAGGAGUGCCCUGUCUUCUCCGGUCUUGGACUUGACUAAAAUUUCUCUACUUGUUUGGGGGAGGGAAUAGGGAACAUUUUAUCAGUGAAUGUGCCAUACACCUGAUGGUCCACUUCAUGUGCCUUUCAGACUUCAAAGCAGAGCGUGUGUGUGUGUGUGUGUGUGUGUGUGUGUGUGUGUGUGUGUGUGUGUCUUUUCCCCCCUGAAAUCGAUGCAUAGCUGACCUGGGGAGUGGAGGACUCUCUGGGUGAGGCUGUUGGAAUCAGCACCACCCUCCCUCCCAUUCCUGCAACAUGCUUUCCUGCUCCCAUUCACAACUACAGGGGACAGCAUUUCUUCUCUGUGCUUGAUGGGAUUUGAAAUAUGUUGACUCAAAGUGAAAUAUUUAUUUUUUGAAUAAAGGAGAUAAUAGUCUUAAA